ACUUCCUCGAAUAAAGGAAAAUAUUGCAAUAUAUAUCUAGGAAUGUCAGAUAAUCGAUUACAUUUAAUUAGAUUAUUGGAGGUUAUUGCAGCGGUAUAACACAGCGUGCGAGGGGUACAUGUGACUAUUCCAAUCCAAUGUGACUCGCCGGCAACAAAUGCGUAGUUCGGACCGCAUACGAAAUUAUGUACACAGUUUUAUUGCAUUACGUUCGUUUGUUUUACGCGUAUAAAUACGUAUAUGAACAGUUCAUUCAAUCAAUCCAGUUUACAUCAUUGAUAGUAGUGCACUUUGAAUUUAUUAAAGAUCAGUGUCAACGGAAAUACACAACCACAAUGAACCACCCUGAUAUGUACAACAUAUCAAAUGCAAUACAGAAGAAAGCGGCCAUCCAAUGCCUGGAUGAAUUCGGGAAGAAAAUCAACUGGAGCAAUAAUGGAGACAACGCAGUAGACUUAGGAUGCGGAGACGGAAGCGUUACCAACAUACUGAAAAAAUACAUGCCUAGGAAUUACAGGAAACUGGUAGCUUGUGACAUCAGUGAAAAAGCAGUUAAAUAUGCAAAUGAGCAUCACAGCGAUGAAAAUACUAGUUUCAGAGUAUUGGAUAUAGAAGGGGAACUGCCGGAAGAAAUGCGAGGGGAAUUCAACCACGUUUUCUCCUUUUACGCUUUACACUGGAUACAUGAUCAAGAGAAAGCGUUUAGGAACAUCUACAGUCUCCUUUCGGAUGGUGGUGACUGCCUCUUGACGUUCCUCGGGUAUAUGCCGUGCUACAGUGUGUACAGUGUCCUGUCUCGAUGCAAUAAAUGGGAGUCCUGGCUGAAGGACAUCGAUUUGUUCAUAUCCCCUUAUCACACGAUGCAGGAUCCAGAUAUUAAAGUUAAGGAGAUGAUGGAAGAAAUCGGUUUCAGAAAUAUCAACGUCACAUGCAAGGAAAUGCUGUACGUCUUCGACAGUGUAGAAGCAAUAAAAAACACAGUAAAAGCAAUAGAGCCUUUCGAUAUGCCGAAAGACGUGUACGAAGAUUUCAUGCAAGACUAUUACGCCGUGGCUCAGGAACUUGGACUUAUGGAAAUAAACAACAACAAUGUUGGAGAAUCUUCAAUAAAUUGUAGUUAUUGUCUGCUCGUCGUAUGCGCUAGCAAGUGAUUACUACUGAAAACCCGCCUUGAAAAAAACCCUAAUGAAAUUAUUAAGGCCAAACUCCGCCUCAGAUCUGAUUAAAAAAACCGCCUAUUUUAUACUAUUUAUAGAUUUAUUUCUUAGUUUCGUAGAGUUAUACAUUGGUAGUGUAAUAGAAGAUGUAGUACAAAGUGUUAACAGUCCUUUAUUUUAGUUUAAGUGUACGAAUGCCUACUUAAGAUACUAGAAAUUUGCAUUUCUUCAUCGUCAACUGUUUAGCUAUUUAUUUUUUUAUUAUUUAUUGUCAUGAACAUGAUUAGACUUGCAGAGGAACAUUUAACUGAAAUAGUUAUCAUCAUUUUAAUAUGUUAAAGAGAAUUGACGCCAAAAUAUUGAAUAUGGCAGAAUGUUAACGGUACAAAAUGUUCUUGUUAUUGUCAGAUAAUGUUUUAAUAUUAUGCCAAAAUUUAGAUAAAUAAUAUUGUGGAACCAUAUCAUAUUAUAAUUCACUCCUGAGAAUUUUCCGGACAAUAAUGAUUAUU